GUCGGUUCACUCGGUUUCCUCGCGCUUUUAGAAGCACUCGAGCGCGUGCGUGAAUGUGCGCGCGUGCAUGUGUGUGUAUGUGUGUGUGAGUGAACGAGCGAGCGAGACCCACCGAGGCUCCGUGGACCGCGCGGGAUUGUGUACCGGCGCCGUUUUUGCACCGGAGAACGUUCAGCAAACGAACCGUGAGCGUGGUUUCAAUCAGGUCGUUUCAACGCAAAUGAAAAAGCCAUAGACGUCGACUGAACCUAAAUCAGAUUUAACGUAACGAGCAGCCGACAUCGUCCCCGGUUCCAGGAGCGCGCGCGAGUAGUUCUGCGGUGUAACAUUACCGGAGUGGAAGUGAAGAGAGCGGAUUGUUCCUGUCGGGCCCCAGCAGCUCCAGCAGCUGUAUUCCUACAGGGACGGACUGGUUUAACUGGGACCUCUUGGAAGAAAACUCACCUGACCUCACCUGAUCUCUCUCUACCUCACCUCACCGCGCAUUUAGACGUUUGAGUGGAGCAGCAGGAGUCGUGCUGAAAAUGCCCCUCGCUCAGCUGGCAGAGCCAUGGCCCAAAAUGGAGCUGGUGCCACUGGAGACAGAGAACGGACAGAGCACAGCUGAGGACGGCGUCGCUCCGGGAGUCAAGAAGCAGUCAGAGAUCACGUGGGUGGAGAAAGACUUCUCCAACAUUCGACAGGAUGAUGAUGUCAUCAAAGAGAUUAACAUCACACAUGUGGUUAAAGAGGGGGCGGAGAAAGCAGACCCAUCCCAGUUCGAGUUGCUCAAGGUGUUGGGCCAGGGGUCUUUCGGCAAGGUGUUUCUAGUGCGGAAGAUUACACCUCCUGACAGUAAUCAGCUCUACGCUAUGAAGGUUCUCAGGAAAGCCACACUCAAAGUAAGAGAUCGAGUUCGAACCAAGAUGGAAAGAAACAUCCUGGCAGACGUCAAUCACCCUUUUGUGGUCAAACUUCAUUAUGCCUUUCAGACGGAGGGGAAGCUGUAUUUAAUUCUGGACUUCCUGCGUGGUGGAGAUCUGUUCACUAGAUUAUCAAAAGAGGUGAUGUUUACAGAAGAGGAUGUGAAGUUCUAUCUGGCGGAGUUAGCUCUGGGUUUGGAUCACCUGCACAGCCUGGGCAUCAUCUACAGAGACCUCAAACCUGAGAACAUCCUACUGGAUGAAGAAGGACACAUCAAACUCACAGAUUUUGGCCUGUGUAAGGAGGCUAUAGACCUUGAGAAGAAGGCGUAUUCAUUCUGUGGGACGGUGGAGUACAUGGCCCCGGAGGUGGUGAACAGGCAGGGUCACAUCCACAGCGCUGACUGGUGGUCAUUUGGGGUACUGAUGUUUGAGAUGCUAACAGGCUCUCUGCCGUUCCAAGGGAAGGACCGAAAGGAGACAAUGAACCUCAUUCUGAAAGCGAGGUUGGGAAUGCCUCAGUUUCUGAGUGCUGAAGCUCAGAGCCUUCUGAGAGCACUGUUCAAGAGGAACCCCACAAACAGACUUGGCUCUGGUGCUGAUGGGGCUGAGGAGAUCAAACGCCAUGCCUUCUUCUUUACCAUCGACUGGAAUAAACUGUUCCGUAGGGAGAUUAAGCCUCCCUUUAGGCCGGCCGUGGCUCGACCUGAUGACACGUUCUACUUCGAUUCAGAGUUCACCUCACGAACCCCUAAAGACUCUCCUGGUGUUCCCCCGAGUGCAGACGCUCAUAAGCUGUUCCGUGGUUUCAGUUUCGUUGCCACAGCAAUGCUGGAUGAUGUGGGAGGGGAGGAGACUGUUCAGCAGCCCCCUCACCCUGUGGUACAGCAGCUACAUGGUAAGAACAUCGUGUUUAGCGACGGCUACGUGCUGAAGGAGGAUAUCGGCAUGGGCUCGUUCUCUGUGUGUAAACGUUGUGUCCACAAAGCCACCAACACGGAAUAUGCAGUGAAGGUUAUUGAUAAGACGAGCACAGAUCCUUCUGAGGAGAUUGAGAUUCUGCUGCGAUAUGGACAACAUCCCAACAUCAUCACACUGAAAGACGUGUAUGAUAACGGUAAGCAGGUGUAUCUGGUGACGGAGCUGAUGCGGGGUGGAGAGCUGUUGGACCGAAUCCUGAAACAGAAGUUCUUCUCUGAGCGAGAGGCCAGCGCUGUCCUGCACACCAUCACCAAAACUGUGGAGUACCUGCACUCUCAGGGGGUGGUGCACAGAGACCUGAAACCCAGUAAUAUUCUGUAUGUGGAUGAAUCUGGCAACCCGGAGUCUUUGCGGAUCUGUGAUUUUGGUUUUGCGAAGCAGCUUCGUGCUGAUAACGGCCUGCUGAUGACCCCGUGCUACACCGCUAACUUUGUCGCUCCUGAGGUGCUGAAGAGGCAAGGCUACGAUGAAGGCUGUGAUAUUUGGAGUUUGGGAGUGUUGCUGUACACAAUGCUAGCAGGUUUCACUCCUUUCGCAAAUGGUCCAGAGGACACACCAGAGGAGAUCCUGAGCCGGAUAGGCAGUGGACACUUCACUGUGACCGGGGGCAACUGGGACGCGGUGUCUGACUCAGCCAAGGAAUUGGUCUCUAAGAUGCUCCAUGUGGACCCUCACCAGAGGCUGACGGCUAAGCAGGUGCUUAAACAUCCCUGGAUCGUGCACAGAGACCAGCUGCCCAACAGCCAGCUGCAGCACCAGGACGCACAACUGGUCAAGGGAGCGAUGGCCGCCACCUACUCUGCCCUGAAGAGUUCCCAGCCACCCCCCGAGCUCAAACCCAUCGAGUCUUCAUUCCUCGCCCAGAGACGCGUCAAAAAACUGCCCUCCACCUCUCUGUAGAGAGAGAGAGAAAAGAUAGAUAGAGAAAGUGAGAGAGAGGGGUUAGAGAGAAACGAAGAGGAAGAACAGCAGUACUGUAUGGAAGACGCACUCCGUUGCUGUGUGGACUGAGCGCGCACUCUCUUCACCUUCAGCAGGCUCACAGAGGUUCUUCACACGCUGUCAAUCAGAGCAGACAGUGGAUGUGAUUGGCAGAUUGGGAUUGGGGGAUGAAAUGCUGGAAUUUAAGCGCGCCAUAAAUGUGUGUGUAUGUACGUAUGAAUGUGCGAGUGUGUGUGCAUGAGGCUUCGAAUAUAAAGCUGACGGUCCAUUUUUUUGGUCCUUCAGCUCAGCUGUAUUUGAAUAGAAUUCAGUUUAUUUGCCUGGAAAAGAUUAUUUGUCUAUAUUUUGUGUUUUUUAUUUUGUUUUGUUGAUCUAUCCAGGCUCUGCUCACAAAUGUGUUCUUCCAUAGUUACUGUGUCUAUAAGGUGAAAGCUUUUCUUUAGGAACAAACAUGCUCUAAAUGUGUCAUUAGUGUCAAAUUGGAUUUUUUUCUUCUUUUUUUUUUUUUUUUUUUUACAAAUUUGGAAGAACACAUCAGUGGGCAGAGUUUGGGAAUAUCAAAUACUUCGCCAAAUCAGGUCGCUCAAGGUUAUGAGAAAGACAGUAUACUAUUGUUUGAGGAGUCUCCCUCUGGACUACAUUUGACCAUCCAAAGGCUUCAUGAGAGAACUUCCUUUUUCUUCACACAGCUCUAAAGGCAUGUGGUCAUGUGACUCCUGCACAGAUGCUUUGACUGUUUUUUUUUUUUUGUUGUUGUUUGUUUGUUUGUUUGUUAGGGUUUUUUUUUUGCAUGGGUUCAGAUUCGUUUGGUGCUGUGUUGUCGCUUUACCUCACCGCAGGCUGCCCCGAAGUGUUACCAAACUUUUUGAUCGACAACGCCAAUGUAUUAAAACCUACAAAGCCUGAAGCUCUGUAGUGGCAUGCUUAAGGUCUUGUGUUUAUUGCGACGUUGUGACUCUUUCUGCAUAUUGAAUGCCGUCUCUUGUGUUCGUUUUUCCACCAUUGAUUGUAGCUUUAUGUUUUUCUUUAUCAUGUUAAAGUACUUUUAUAACAGGCAUGCUGAACACCACCGAGAUGGAGAUAAAGGUGAGCGCUAAAGUAUCAGACGCAGGUCUUUGUGGGUAUUUUGUAGUUUUUCUUGUGUUUUUGUGUUUUUUAAAGACCUCUUCAUUCUCCUUGUGUUCAGAUGAAAGCCUAUUGAUUGGAGCGUUUUGCUGUCGCACACACUCUCCACACUUCUAGUCUAACAGGGCUCUUUCUUUAGACUAAUCAAUGAACCUGACCUCUGACAAUCUGACAAAUUGACCAUUGAUGUUCUCAGAGUAAAUUUUCCGUUUGCUGCUGGGAGGCACCAGCCUGUUCAGACAAUGUCAAAGAGUUUAAAGAGAAUCCACCCUUAAAGUUAUUCUCAGAGAAAAUAUGAUUUUGACUGAACUAAACUGAAUAGACACAGUGACUGAUCUCUGUGUUUUAUCAUUAGCCGAAAAUAAGGGACUUAAUUUUUUUGCAAAUGCCCAGAUUACCCAGAACUAAUGCAUUUCACAUUAAAAUAACAGUUUAAUCACUAUGGUCCAGCUUAUAAAUGGUCAAUGAUCCAAAUCUCUCCUAAAUGAUAGUUUAGAUACUGAAUAACUGAAAUUGAUCAUAAAUCAAAAUAUUUACUAUUGGUUAACUCAUUUAAAUUGUUGUUUAACUGGGUGGUUAAUUACUGAAACACUCAUAAAUGACGGAGUUAGGUUUCUGAUCACGGACAAUGGAUUUAAUUACUAAUCAUUAAUCAUUUCACAAAAUUUCAGUACAAUUACAGAAUUUACUAAAUGGUUAAUUUUUUUUUCAGUGCUGAAUCCUAAAUUAGUUUGUUUAAAUCAGUUUGAGUUAAGUAGUGAAAUACUCCUGAAUGGCCCUUUGUUAUUCAGGUUUGCCCUGUAAGGAAGUGAAGUCAGAGCUGAAUCUGUACAGACUCUGAACUGGUUCUGAUCUGAAUCACUGUAAUAAAAGAACGAGUGGCGUGCUGCAUCAAAUCUGCCUGACAGCUGACUGUGUUUCUGGGGCAGUAAAGAUUGUGAUCUUCUUUGUACUGUAUAUGUUGAGAAAAGUAUAUUAUAUAUAUAUUUUCUGUAUGUAAAUGGUGAGUUUUAUUUCAGUUUCCUCUUUUCUUCUCAGAGAUUUAACUCUUCCUUUCUUCUGUCUUCUGUAAAAAAAAAAAAAAGCUGAAAACGUUCCUUCUCUUUUUUUUAAAGGAAUAUGAUGUCUAAAAGCUGUUUUUCAUCCUAAACUCCUAUGAACCACAUCAGUAAUGUACAGUUUGGAUCUGUGGAUUAAAUUUGAUAUUCACUACUGGUCGAA